UGAUCAAUGCCCAAGAAGUUUGGCAGAGCUGAUCAUCCGAGAAAUGUUUAAAUAGUAUGAACGGCCCUCGCAAUGAUUCUUCACCGCAAGCAGAUCGUUCUCUUCCGACUCGCCAGUCUUUCAUUCUUUUCACUUGCUGAUCUUCAUUGAUUGAAGUUCUUCCAUUCUUUCGCCACUCUUUAGAUAUUCCGCUGUGCGUGAAUCAAGAUAAAAUGCCUCUUUCCAAGAUCGUGGGAGUUCUGCUGGCCUCAGCUUCCCUUGUGGCCGGACAUGGCUACGUGUCGAGCAUCGAGGUGGACGGUACUACUUACGGUGGUUACCUGGUUGACACUUACUACUACGAGUCCGAUCCCCCGGAGCUGAUUGCCUGGUCUACGAACGCCACGGAUGAUGGAUAUGUCUCUCCCACCCAAUACGAGAGCUCCAACAUCGUCUGCCAUCGUGGCUCCGCUCCUGGUGCACUUGAAGCUCCGGUCGCUCCGGGUGGAACCGUCAAGAUGACAUGGAAUACUUGGCCCGAUGACCACCAUGGGCCAGUGAUCACCUACCUGGCCAACUGCAAUGGCUCUUGCGCUGACGUCGAUAAGACGGCUCUGCAAUUUUUCAAGAUCGAUGCUGGUGGCCUGAUCGAUGAUUCCGAGAUCCCCGGCACCUGGGCUACCGACAAGCUUAUCGACAACAACUACACUCGCAGCAUUACCAUCCCGUCUGAUAUCGAGGCUGGAAGCUAUGUUCUUCGCCACGAGAUUAUUGCCCUGCACGGUGCUGAGGACUUGGAUGGCGCCCAGAACUACCCCCAGUGCAUCAACCUGAACGUCACCGGAAGCGGCACUGCCACCCCGAGUGGAACCCUGGGAACUGCACUGUACAAGGACACCGACCCCGGCAUUUACGUCGACAUCUGGCAGAGCAUCAGCAGUUAUACCAUCCCUGGACCGACCCUCUACACCGCUGGCAGCACUGCCACCGCUGCUGCUGAUACGACUACCACUGCUGCUGCUACCAGCGCCUCGACGACCGAAGCCGCUGUCGUGACUUCUGCUGCUGCCUCUUCUGCUGGCGCUGGAUCCCAGACCACCAUGGUCACCUCCUCUCGUCCUCAGCCCACUGGUAGCUCCGACAGUUCCUCUGGUGUUGUUAGCUCUGAUAGCACCAACAGCCAGUCCGGCAGUGGCUCGGCGGCUGGCGGCCAGUUCGGUCAAACCCAGCCUGGCAUGGCAGGAUCCGACAACGCCAGCCCCUCCGACUCGGCCUCUACCCCCACCAGCUCCACCCCCAGCGCUGCUUCCAGCUCCGCAUCUUCGGCUACCUCGGGUGUCCUGAGCGGCUCUUGCAGCCAGGAAGACUACUGGUACUGCAAUGGCGGCACGGCAUUCCAGCGUUGCGUCAACGGCGAGUGGGAUGCGUCUCAGAGCAUGGCCGCAGGCACUGAGUGCACUCCUGGUAUCUCGGAGACGCUGACGAUCGCUGCUUCUUCGAAGCGUCGCAAUGUUAGCGGUCUGCGCCGUCGUCGCUUGUAAGAAUGAUGGCAGACUAUCGUAUUGUGAGUGGUGUUUGGAGGAUCUGCGGCAUACGUGGCCUACAUCAUUUUUCUCUUCAUGUGUAUACUUACGUUACCUUUGACCAGCUCUAGAAGCUUUGAUAGUGAAAG